AUGGCAAUUAUAAAAUUUUUGGACUCUCAUUCAAGAGAUAUUUAUGGCAGAAGUCAUCCACAAGGUACAUGUGUGUUGUUGGAAGCACCAAAUAUCAACAAUGUAAUUCAGUAUUUCCAGUCUUUAUACAAUGAAAAUAGUCAAUUUGAGGUAAGAGCAAUAAAUAUUGAAGAAGUACAAGCCAAUAGUGACCAGAACUUAAACAAAAAAAUUAGAAAUUCUGCCCUAUCAGGUAAUGCUUCAGAAGAAUCUGAAAGUACUGACGUUUCUUGUUUAUAUAAACAAUGCUGUGCAAUUUCAUUAUACUCGAUUUGUUAUUCUGUCAUUAAACCUUGUAAUUACUGGGAUUCAAAUACAGUGGCCGCAGUUGUUUACUUUGGCACUAUUUUGUAUAACAACACUGGGAUAAAUACAUCUCGUGAUAUACCACAAAAAGUUGAAAUAUGUGGAAAUAAAAUACAUGUAAAAUUGCAAGCUAAUAUUCAAGGAGUAGUUUAUGACAAGGCAAAAAGCAAACUACACAUUGAAAGCCUUAUUUGUCAUAUAAAUGAAAAUACAGGGUUUUUAAUUUGGUUUGGAGAUUAUUGUAUUUCUUGCAUCUUUCAAAAAACAUCCAUUAACAAUUUUAUUGUAUUUCUUGCAUCUUUCAAAAAACAUCCAUUAACAAUAUGUCGUACUCAAUAUUAGCAUAUGACGAUGAUGAUAGCUCACCUACAUGUACUGCACAUUACAUUAAAAAUAUAAAAGACAAGCACACUUUAGUUGAUACUAUCUUUAGCCUAGUAACCACCAAAAUCGAGGAUGAAAUUGUCAAUUAUGAAAUUCAAUUUUUGUCUUGUUCUUCUGAAUUGAGUAACUGUGAAAGAAAAAGGAUUAUGAAAAACCACAGGCAAAGCUAUAUAAAUGACUUCAUUGAACCAGCUCUGAAGAAACAUAAGCUAGAAACAAAGCAGAUGAAGUACAAAACAAUGGCUCAGGAGAAAAAACAAAAAAUAUUGGAAAAAAAAAGAAAAUAUGAAAAGUUAGAUAAAUCAAAGAAAGAAUAA